CCUCCUGGUCUCCCACGGCUUCCCAUACUCGGCAAUUACUUCAAUAUCCCAACAGUCAGGCCAUGGGAAACAUACCGAGACUUAUGCUCGAAACUUGGCAAGUCACGCCCCAACUUCACGCCAGGACCACGCCAACUGACAAAAUUUCAUGCAGGAACAAUCCUACACAUUGAGGUCUUCGGCCAGCAUGUUGUCGUUCUGGGCAGUCCCGAAAUCAUCUUAGAAUAUCUCGAGAAGGGUUCUCUGAACACUUCCGAUCGGAAGCAAACCCCAGUUCUGAGCCUG